AUGAAGGAGCUGCUGGAUGAGUUACUGGUUGGAGAGCUGGGCAUAUGGUACAAUAGGAGAAAGAAAGGAUCUCUAGAACAUCAGAGGAGUCACACAGGAAAGAACCCAUUUCAAUGCUCUGAAUGCAGCAAGUGUUUUACCCACAAGCGAGACCUUGUUAGUCAUCAGAGGACUCAGACAGGAGAGAAACCAUUUCAAUGCUCUGAAUGUAGUAAGUGUUUUACCCACAAGCAAGACCUUGUUAGUCAUCAAAGGACUCACACAGGAGAGAAACCAUUUCAAUGCUCUGAAUGUAGCAAGUGUUUUACCAAGAAGCGAAACCUUGUUAUUCAUCAGAUGACUCACACAGGAGAGAAACCAUUUACAUGUUCUGAAUGCAGCAAAUGUUUUACCCAAAACUCACAUCUUGUUAGACAUCAGAGGAGUAACACAGGAGAGAAACCAUUUCAAUGCUCUGAAUGUAGCAAGUGUUUUACCCACAAGCGAGACCUUGUUAGUCAUCAAAGGACUCACACAGGAGACAAACCAUUUCAUUGCUCUGAAUGUAGCAACUGUUUUACCAAGAAGCGAAACCUUGUUAUUCAUCAGAUGAAUCACACAGGAGAGAAACCAUUUACAUGUUCUGAGUGCAGCAAAUGUUUUACCCAAAACUCACAUCUUCAAGACCUUGUUAGUCAUCAAAGGACUCACACAGGAGAGAAACCAUUUCAAUGCUCUGAAUGUAGCAAGUGUUUUACCAAGAAGCGAAACCUUGUUAUUCAUCAGAUGACUCACACAGGAGAGAAACCAUUUACAUGUUCUGAAUGCAGCAAAUGUUUUACCCAAAACUCACAUCUUGUUAGACAUCAGAGGAGUAACACAGGAGAGAAACCAUUUCAAUGCUCUGAAUGUAGCAAGUGUUUUACCCACAAGCGAGACCUUGUUAGUCAUCAAAGGACUCACACAGGAGACAAACCAUUUCAUUGCUCUGAAUGUAGCAACUGUUUUACCAAGAAGCGAAACCUUGUUAUUCAUCAGAUGAAUCACACAGGAGAGAAACCAUUUACAUGUUCUGAGUGCAGCAAAUGUUUUACCCAAAACUCACAUCUUAUGACUCACACAGGAGAGAAACCAUUUACAUGUUCUGAAUGCAGCAAAUGUUUUACCCAAAAGCGAGACCUUGUUAGUCAUCAGAGGACUCACACAGGAGAGAAACCAUUUCAAUGCUCUGAAUGUAGCAAGUGUUUUACCCACAAGCAAGACCUUGUUAGUCAUCAAAGGACUCACACAGGAGAGAAACCAUUUCAAUGCUCUGAAUGUAGCAAGUGUUUUACCCACAAGCGAUACCUUGUUAUUCAUCAGAUGACUCACACAGGAGAGAAACCAUUUCAAUGCUCUGAAUGCAGCAUGUGUUUUACCCACAAGCGAGACCUUGUUAGUCAUCAGAGGACUCACACAGGAGAGAAACCAUUUCAAUGCUCUGAAUGUAGCAAGUGUUUUACCCACAAGCAAGACCUUGUUAGUCAUCAAAGGACUCACACAGGAGAGAAACCAUUUCAAUGCUCUGAAUGUAGCAAGUGUUUUACCAAGAAGCGAAACCUUGUUAUUCAUCAGAUGAGUCACACAGGAGAGAAACCAUUUACAUGUUCUGAAUGCAGCAAAUGUUUUACCCAAAACUCACAUCUUGUUAGACAUCAGAAAAUUCACACAGGAGAUAAACUAUUUCAAUGCUCUGAAUGUAGCAAGUGUUUUACCCACAAGCGAGACCUUGUUAGUCAUCAGAGGACUCACACAGGAGAGAAACCAUUUACAUGUUCUGAAUGCAGCAAAUGUUUUACCCAAAACUCACAUCUUGUUUUACAUCAGAGGAGUCACACAGGAGAGAAACCAUUUACAUGUUCUGAAUGCAGCAAAUGUUUUACCCAAAACUCACAUCUUGUUAGACAUCAGAGGAGUCACACAGGAGAGAAACCAUUUCAAUGCUCUGAAUGUAGCAAGUGUUUUACCCACAAGCAAGACCUUGUUAGUCAUCAGAUGACUCACACAGGAGAGAAAUCAUUUCAAUGCUCUGAAUGUAGCAAAUGUUUUACCCACAAGCAAAAACUUGUUAGGCAUCAGAGGACUCACACAGGAGAGAAACCAUUUACAUGUUCUGAAUGCAGCAAAUGUUUUACCCAAAACUCAUGUCUUGUUAGACAUCAGAGGAGUCACACAGGAGAUAAAUCAUAUACUGUAAAUGUUCUCAAUGCAGCAAGAGUUUUAUAG